AUAACAAUUUGCAAACGAAUAUAGAUUAUGGUUAAAAAAAAAUACUAAUUUUUUCUUAGUGCAUACCACAAAGGGUUAAUAGUUCUGAUUACAGCACUCAAACCUUCACGCAUGCGCAUUUCAUUACAAAAAAAAAAAAACUCCAGUCAUGCUGAUCUGAGAUCUGAAAGCUGCUGCAGUGCUGCGUUCAUCCUGUCUGGGGCUCAGACUCAACCCUCAGCAUCCAUGAUGCAUGCCGCAGCUCCCUCUCCUACUGUGCGACACUAUGUGUUCCUCAUUUUAUUUUUCUCAUGCUGUGUAAGUUGCUCUGGAGGAAAGCGUGUGUUUAAAUGUCCUUCAGGCUGUACCUGCACCCCCGAGACCAUCAUCUGCGUCGGAUCAUCCUUCAUCCCCCGGACAGUCCCUGUCGACAUCAGCUCUCUGAGUAUCGUCAAUGGCACUUUUCCAGAGAUCCGAGAAGCAACAUUUGCCCUGAUGCCAUCUCUGCACUUGCUUCUGCUUAACUCCAACUCCAUCUCCAUCAUAAAGGAUGAUGCCUUCUCCGGCUUACCUCGCCUCGAGUACCUAUUUAUCGAGGGGAAUAAGAUAGAGGAGAUGAGCAAAUACGCCUUCAGAGGACUUCGAGACGUCACACAUCUGUCUUUAGCGAAUAACAAUUUGAAAGGUUUACCCAAAGGCCUGUUCUCGGACCUGCACUCUCUCAUAGAGCUAGAUUUGAGAGGAAACCAGUUUCAGUGUGAGUGUCAGUCUAUGUGGCUCAUGUUAUGGCUGAAGAAGACAAAUGCAACGGUUUCAGAAGUUUACUGCGCAGAACCUGAGGAGAUAAAGGGCGUCUUGUUGAAGGACUUCCCCGAGAAACAUGCCAAGUGUGUCUCCACUGAUUUUAUUCCUCAUCAGACCAUAAACACUCAGUCCAUGUCAGCAGACAUUUUCUCCUUCAAAGAAGACGUGUAUGUCGCGCUGGCCGUGCCAAACUCAGACAGCUGUAUCAUCAUGGAGUGGGAUCACAUUGAAACCCACUUCAGGCCUUUUGAUAAUAUCACAGGACGAUCAGUGAUCGGCUGCAGGUCGGUAUUGAUUAACGAGCAGGCAUUUGUGAUCGUCGCUCAGCUCUUUGACGGCUCACGUGUCUAUAAAUUCGACCAGGAGCAGAACCAGUUCACUAAAUUCCAAACGGUUGAAAUGCUCAAUGUGUCUAAGCCAAAUGACAUUGAGGUGUUCCGACUCGGAGACGAGUGGUUCUUCCUAAUAGUGGACAGCUCCAAAGCAGGAAUGUCUACCCUAUUCAAGUGGAACAACACUGGCUUCUUCCCAUAUCAGUUUCUCCAUGAGUGGUUCCGCGACACAGAUGCAGAGUUUGUCGACCUGGAUGGGAAGCCUGUGCUCAUCCUGACCAGUCGGUCUCAGGUCCCUGUCAUCUACCAAUGGAACAAGAGCACUCAGACAUUUGUUCUCUUUCAGGACAUACCCAACAUGGACGACAUGGUGAGCGUGAAGACUUUCAAAAUUGACCGCAUCCUCUAUUUGGCUCUGGCAUGCUACAUCGGAGACUCAAAGGUUCUUAAGUGGACCGGGAAAAGCUUUGAGGAAGUGCAGGGCUUCCCGUCGCGUGGUGCGAUGGUCCUCCAGCCAUUUAGCUUCAGAGAUCAGCAGUAUCUGAUCCUGAGCAGUGAUUACUCCUUCUCUCAGAUCUUCAGAUGGGACAAGGAGAAGAAGGUCUUCAUCAAAUUUAGGGAGGUUUAUGUUCAGUGGCCUCGAUCUUUUACUCCUUUAUCGACGGGAUCUCGUGAUUUUCUCCUCGCCACCAGUUUUAAGGGGAAAACAAAGGUUUUUGAACAUAUCACAGUCGAUUACAGCUGAGACUAACAGCACUGGGGUCUAGUAGAGCUGGGCGAUAAUCAAGUUUUACUGAUUCCAAAAUCUUUUAUUUUUAUUUUUUGUUUUAGCUAUUAUUAUUUUCUUGAAUUUAGUUUUGUUGAUAAUUUCACUAAAUUAUUGUUAGCAUUUAAAUCAGGACAAGCCAUGGGGCAGAAAUGAUUGUAAGCCUUUGUGACAUGUCACUAGGCAUCUGUGAGCUCACUCAGGAAAAAGUGGGCAAAUAGCACUUUUCCCCCCAAGUUGCAUGUUCAGCAGUUUAAAAAGAUGCACGUGGCACUUCUUAGACAGCACACCUAGGUCGGGUGCUAUCAUUUUAUGAGGGAGCGCCCUAAAGAUUGGUGAGAACCGAAUGACUAAAUUAGUGAGAAAAAUAAAAUAGAUUUUAAAACUCACCCUAAUGUCACCUCAGCGACUCCUUAAAAUAUGACCAAAGUUACAAUUUUAACCAAAGUGUUUGCUAAAAAAUAAAUUCAAGAUCACAGUUGUGCACCCCAUAACACUGAACAUGACUGUUCUUCUGUUAUAUCAAACAAGUGAUUGUUUAGUAUUUUUGCUAUGAAAGUAUGCAUUAGCCUUUAGAUAUUUAAUUAAUUUAUCGCCCAGCUCUAGUCUUAUUUUAAUACACUGUCGAGACUGACAUACAUUGAGUCUCUUCCUGAUAAACGUGUAUGCAUUAUACCCUUUUCUUGGCCAGUGCAAUAUUAUAAAUAUACAGUAUGCAAAUAAUAAUAAUAAUAAUAAUAAUAAUAAUUAAAAAAAUAAUACUAUGGCCUUUCUGUGUUGCCUGGAAGAGGCGUAAACAUGGUGCAUGUCUCUAUUCCCCCCCCCCCCCCCCCCCCAAUAUGCAAUGGUUUUACAUUUAUACAACAUUAACUGUUACUCUAUAUUACUUAUCAAUCAGAUUUCGCAAAGCAUUAAACGUGCAGUGUGUUUAAUAUCUGAACCCAAAUCUAUAUGUUUGGGAAAGCUGAGUCUUGCUGCUUAUCGUGUCGGAGCUCAAGACCUUUUUGGUUUAACAGACUGGUUCUCGCUAAGAGGAGCAAUAACUUUAUGCUGAUUUAAUGCUAUGCAAGUAGUUGUAGAGAUGCUGACCAAAGACAUAUGAACAUUAAGCACUAGCAAUACUUCCUGUAGAGAAUGAAUGCCUUAUUUAUUGAUGCUGCAUCCCCUUUAUGGCUUCUGUGUAAAGGAAAUUGCUUUGACUGUCUCACAGCAGUCAUGUGCAUUAA